UAUAUGAUUCCAAAAUGAUUGUUUUCUGAAGGAUCAUGUGACACUGAAGACUGGAGUAAUGAUGCUGAAAAUACUAAAAACCAUGAAUUUAAAUUACAAGUUUUUUUCACAGUAUAACUGUUUAUUUUUCUUAUUCUGUAUUUCUGGAGAGGAAAGAGACUUCUUUAUAAAUAAAUAAAAAAAACACCCUUACUGAUCCCAAACUUUUAAACGGCAUUGCAUAUAUUAGUGCCUUUAUAUUUUAAGGAGGGCUUUUUUUAUUUUUUACCUUUUUUAUUUUUUUCUUCUUUUUUGGGGGGCGAGGGGGGAUUGUUUUUGGUCUCACGUUACCACCACAGGAAGCUGUAUGAAGUGCCACUCACUGGUUGAGUGCUGAGAUUGUCGUUUUGCCUGAGAACAAUCUACACUUCGGCCUGCUCACAUUGACAAACAGACAACACCCCAACACUGAUGCCAUGGAGUGAGUCACAGUCAUCAACACUUUCUUUCUGUGUUAAAUAUUGUGUGUGGCUCCUGUGUAUAAAUGAUUUAGCAAUAGUAUUGCCUUUUUUGGGUUGAUAAUCAAACUAGACCAUCCACAAAACAAUAAACUUGGCAUCAAAAAGUGUAAUAUGCUAAAUUUUACUAGCUUUCCCUUUGGAAGUAAACUAAUGUGUCUUCCUUCCUAUUCCUUCUCUAGUCGUCCUCCCAGCGCUAGUCAGCUGUUGGCCAGCAACGUCACAAAUAAGACAGACCUACGGUCACUAAACUCAAGGGUCUUCAUCGGGAACCUGAACACUAUGCUGGUUACCAAGGCUGAUGUUGAAGCCAUUUUUAGCAAAUACGGCAAGAUUGUUGGCUGCUCUGUGCACAAGGGUUAUGCCUUCGUCCAGUACGCCAACGAGAGGAACGCACGGACGACUGUAGCAGGAGAGGACGGCCGGAUGAUUGCUGGACAGGUGCUUGAUAUUAACUUGGCAGGAGAGCCCAAACCUCACAGGUCAAAAACAACAAAGCGAUCAGCUGGAGAUAUGUACAGCAGUAGUUCUUCUUUCGAGCUUGAUUAUGAUUUCCAGAGAGAUUAUUAUGACAGAAUGUAUUCCUACCCUUCCCGUGUGCCCCCUCCACCACCACCUCCUCUCUCACGGGCUGUGAUCCCUACCAAACGUCCUCGGGUCAGUGUGAGUGGGGGAACCAGCCGCCGCGCCAAGUCCAGCUUCUCCACUUCAUCCAAGAGCAGCCAGCGGACAUCUUCACAAACCCUGAAAGCAGAUGACCUCCAAACUAUUAAGAGAGAGCUUUCUCAAAUCAAACACAAAGUUGACUAUCUUCUGGAGAGUCUGGACAGGAUGGAGAAAGACCACAUUAGGAAAUCUGAGGGAAAGAGUGUGAAGACAGAAGUGGGUGAGGCUUCCUCCCUUCAGCAUUCCAGCAAGAAAGACAGAGAGAGGGAAGAGCAAGAGAUAAAUGAUUCUGAGGGGGAGAGAGAUUUGUUGGAGGAGGAAGAGGUUAUAAGCCAGGGAGGAGAGAAUGAAGAAGAGGGUGAGCAUGAAGAAGGGGAAGACGAUGGUGACAGCAUUAACGGCGACGACUCGUAGGUUGUUUUAAACACCAGAAAUAUGAUACACAUGCUCAAAAUUCAGCCCCUUCAGUUCAGGUUGAGGCCAGACUUUAAAAGAUUGUCUAAUAUGAUGUAGAUGCCUACAAUCUUAUAAUAACUGACACUACAGUUACAUCACUUUAACUGAUGGCAGUUUAUUUUUAAUGUUAGCAUGACAUCUUUUCAGGUUUUUGAAAUGUCCCUUAACCAUGAUGAAGACAAAAGGUCUGUUUUCAAACAACUGAAAUUAUUACAUUCGCCAGUUAUUCUUAAUCAAUCUGACUUGAACCUGAGAGGUUUUUAUAUUUCACUAGCAGAAAAUGUCCAUUAUGUAUUCUCAGAGUGAAACUGGCCUGAUGCCUGUGUGCCCCUAGUGUCUUAUUUCUGUGAACGAUAAAAAUUUUAUUUUAGAAGGGGGAAACUUGAGUGGCUUCUUUAUUACAAAUAGCCGAGAAGCUUCCAGGAAACAUCUCGGUUUUUAUUUACUGCUCUUUUUUUUAUUAACCGUUUUCUGAAUCAUUCUACAGGAAAAUUUCAAUAAAAUAUUAAAAAAAAAAUUUUUGUUUAGUUUUUUUCAGUUUUGCAAACAUAACAGUCAUGAAGGCUUGAUAACACUGGCAAAUCAUGCAUGUCAGUGAUUUAUUUAUUUUUUAAUAUUAGCAGCGAGGACAGAUUGUUUUUAGUUUCGUUUUUAAUUUAGUUUUUCAAUUCACAUCACCAAUAUCAUGAAUUUGAUAUUAGCUAUGAUUACUAUUUUACCAUCUCACUGCUCACUAUGAGCUCUAAAUGUCUGAUUUUCACUAAUUUUAACUUUCUUCUGCUUUGCUGGUGUCUGAUCACAUGGGGUAAAAAUGAAAGUGAAACAUAAUUCAGUCAUAUUUGGUUUUAUUCAAUGUUCAGCAUUUGAUGAUAGAAAUAUGGAAAGUACUACUACUUUUUUAUUUUUUAUUUAAACAUUGUAACUAAAAAGCAAUGAUCUCCCUUUAUCUAUGCCUAUUAUUUACAACUCUUUACUAAAAUGUAGUUUACUUACACAGGAACAAUUAAGUUCAAAUAAAAUAAUUAUUUCAUAUUGCACACUGGAUGUGAUACAAGUUUUAGACAAUCACAGGGGGAAAAUCA